UGGCUUCUGCGCUCUCCUUCUCCGACGACUUUUGGUUUAAAAAAUAUUAAUAAUUAAACAUCACGAUUAGUAUGGACGGGCUCCAGGGUUUUCUGGAAGAUCGUCGUUGGCCGUCUCUCGAUCGAUGCUCCACGACCCGCAAGCCUUGUCGCAACUGGAGAAUUCCUGGACUCAAAAUCGGCUGUUUUGUGGGCUGCAGCGUCACGUGACCAGCACGCGCCGCGGGUAAAGAUGGCACCGGAUGGUUAGAAAACAAGGAGCGCGAGCAGCGGAGACGUUCAACACACCGCCGCGACAGUUGGGAUCCUUACAAACAGAGUCGAACAAUGGAUCCUGGACAGGAUUUGCUUCUUGCUGCACUAAGUGAAAGUGGAAUCUGCCCUAAUGAUCUUUUCGAUGUUGAUCCUCAGGACAUCAUUCCAGCCCCUGCUUCACUUCAGUCAGUUUCAAUAAAUGCACUUGACAUUGGUCUCAGUAAUGAAGCUUCUGGAAUGGUCAGAAUUGAACCUUCUGUUCCACCUACUCCAACAGUAACAAUCAGGGAGAAGCCUCAGCAGUCGACAACCACUUUUGUCUUAAAUCAACUGAAUCAGUUGCCAUCGCUGGGAACCAUUGUAGUCACAAAACCUUCAGCUGGGGCCACCUCUAGACAAACCAUCACAGUAACCAAAGUGGUACACACAAGCUCAGCAGGCCAGCGGACCACCUCUUUCUCACCUACUGUUUGCACUGUGGUCCCACGGAACAGCGAGCAGAUCAGGUUGAAGGACCUCCUCCGAACCAGUAGCCUUGGAGAGCUCAUGAAGUUGAAGCCCCCACCUGACAUAGCUCAACCCGUUGCUACGGCAACAGCCACAGGGACAAUGGAAUUAAACAAUGGUUUGAAAAAAGAAGUGUCCAGCAAAGAUGUAGCAAGAAUCUGGGUCAACGAUGACAUGAAAAUGCGGAGCUUCUCACCUGUGAACAAAUUACCAGGAAUUAAGGAUGAAGAAGAACCAGAGGAAGAGGAAGAAGAGGAGCUGGGUCAUGCAGAGACAUAUGCCGAAUACAUGCCAUUGAAACUGAGGAUUGGACUGCGGCACCCUGAUCCUGUGGUGGAGACCAGCUCUCUCUCCAGUGUCAAACCACCAAAUGUGUGGUACAGACUUUCCAUUCCAGAGGAGACUAUUGACAGAGGCUGGUUAUCUGCCCUUCAGCUUGAGGCCAUCACAUACGCUGCGCAGCAACAUGAGACAUUCCUACCAAAUGGAGACAGAGCGGCCUACUUGAUUGGAGAUGGAGCUGGUGUUGGAAAGGGAAGAACCAUUGCUGGCAUCAUAUAUGAAAACUAUCUGCUUGGAAGAAAAAGAUCACUUUGGUUUAGUGUCUCUAAUGACUUGAAAUAUGAUUCAGAGAGAGACUUAAGAGACAUCGGUGCAAAGAACAUUCAGGUCCAUUCAUUAAACAAGUUCAAAUAUGGAAAGAUCUCGUCGAAACACAACGGAAGUGUGAAAAAAGGUGUGAUCUUUGCCACAUACUCAUCUCUGAUUGGAGAGAGUCAGUCUGGGGGAAAGUACAAAACAAGAUUCAAACAGCUACUACAUUGGUGUGGAGACGACUUUGAUGGUGUUAUUGUCUAUGAUGAGUGUCACAAAGCCAAAAAUGUUUGCCCUAUCGGGUCGUCUAAGCCCACAAAGACCGGGCUGGCAGUUUUAGAGCUACAGAACAAGCUGCCAAAAGCUCGGGUUGUGUACGCUAGUGCUACAGGAGCAUCUGAACCCCGCAACAUGGCCUACAUGAAUCGCCUUGGGAUAUGGGGGGAGGGAACUCCAUUUAAGGAAUUUACUAAUUUUAUCCAAGCUGUGGAGAGAAGAGGUGUUGGUGCCAUGGAGAUUGUUGCCAUGGAUAUGAAGCUGAGAGGAAUGUACAUUGCUCGACAGCUGAGUUUCACAGGCGUGACGUUUAAAAUCGAAGAAGUCCCUUUGUCUCAGAAGUACAUCAAGAUGUACAACAAAUCUGUCCGCUUGUGGGUCAGUGCCAGAGAGAAGUUCCAGCAAGCCGCCAACUUGAUGGAUGCAGAGCAACGGAUGAAAAAGUCAAUGUGGGGCCAGUUCUGGUCUGCUCACCAGAGGUUUUUCAAGUACCUUUGUAUUGCCUCCAAAGUUCGGAGAGUAGUGCAGCUGGCCCGAGAGGAGGUUAAAAAUGGAAAGUGUGUUGUGAUUGGUCUUCAAUCAACUGGAGAGGCUCGAACCCUUGAGGCCUUGGAAGAGGGAGGAGGCGAGCUCAAUGACUUUGUUUCAACUGCAAAGGGUGUGCUGCAGUCCCUUGUGGAGAAGCAUUUCCCUGCUCCAGACCGACAGAAGCUCUUCAGUUUAUUGGGCAUUGAUCUGAGUGUGAAGAAAAUGCCUUCACCUUCAGAAACCCUCAUAGAGCAGAAAGGCAAAAAACGGAAAGGGCCAGAAACGAAAAAGGAAGUGAAGAAAGCCAGAAAAUCCGGAGGUCUAUUUGGUAACAGCUCUGAUGAGAGUAACUCUGAUGAUUCAGACAAAGAUGCCGAGAGUGAUGACAGCUUCAAAUCUAUAAGCUCAGGGGAGGAGGAUGAAGAUGACUUCAACCCCUUUAAGGAUGAUUCCAGUGAGGAUGAUGAAGAUGAUCCGUGGCUCAUCAGAAAAGACUCCAAGAAGAGCAAAGAGAAGAAAAACAAGAAGAAAAAGAGCAUCGAUCCAGACUCUAUUCAGAGUGCCUUGUUAGCCUCUGGGCUUGGAACAACCAGGGCCACUUUUACAAGCCCCGCCAUGAAACCUUCAAGCAACAUAGUUACUGUUGCCAAAUGUGAGCCAGAGGAGAGCAGCUGUGUGACCAGUCAGGAUGCUGUGGAGGAUGCCCAGAGGAUGAAGAGAGAUCUGCUGGAACGACUGGAGCAGCUGGCAGAAGAUCUGCCGCCCAACACGCUUGACGAACUCAUCGAUGAACUUGGAGGACCUGAUAAUGUGGCUGAGAUGACUGGCCGCAAAGGCAGGGUAGUCAGCAACGACGAUGGCAGCAUUUCCUAUGAAUCUCGAUCGGAGCUUGAUGUUCCUGUUGAAAUUCUGAAUCUUACGGAGAAGCAGAGGUUCAUGGAUGGAGAAAAGAACAUUGCAAUAAUCUCAGAGGCUGCCAGCUCUGGUAUUUCCCUCCAAGCUGACCGCCGAGUGAAGAACCAGAGGAGGAGGGUGCACAUGACAUUAGAGCUGCCGUGGAGUGCCGACAGAGCUAUUCAGCAGUUUGGUAGAACACACAGAUCGAACCAGGUGACUGCACCUGAAUAUGUUUUUCUCAUCUCUGAACUGGCUGGAGAACAAAGAUUCGCCUCUAUCGUUGCCAAACGACUGGAAAGCCUGGGUGCUCUUACUCACGGAGACAGAAGAGCCACAGAAACAAGAGACCUCAGCCGAUUUAACUUUGAUAACAAAUAUGGUAGAAAUGCUCUGGAAAUAGUCAUGAAGUCUAUCGUCAAUUUGGACUCUCCUCUAGUGUCUACACCUGCUGACUUUAAUGGGGAAUUCUUUAAAGAAAUCCGUAAUGGUUUAAUCGGUGUGGGACUGAUAAACAUGGAAGACCGAUCAGGAGUUCUUUCGCUAGACAAAGAUUACAACAACAUUGGAAAGUUCUUGAACCGGAUUCUUGGUAUGGAGGUCCAGCAGCAGAAUGCUCUCUUUCAGUAUUUCUCUGACACAUUGAAUGCUGUCAUUCAAAAUGCCAAAAAAAGUGGACGAUAUGACAUGGGAAUCUUGGAUUUGGGUUCUGGAGAUGAAAAAGUGAGGAAAGUUGAUGUCAAAAAAUUCUUGACACCAGGAUAUUCCACCUCAGGACAUGUGGAGCUCUAUACAGUGAGUGUGGAGCGGGGAAUGUCAUGGGAGGAUGCCACCCAUAUUUGGGCCGACCAGAACGGACCAGAUGAUGGCUUUUACGUGCAGGUGCGGAAUAACAAGAAAAUUGCCAUCCUAAUAAAGGAAGUCAACACCAUUAAGAGACACUUCAUGGUGUACAGACCAAAUACAGGAAAACAAGUAAAGCUGGAGACUUACGCAGACAUCAAGAAGAGGUGUAAAAAGGUCCUCUCUGAUGAUGCUAAGGUACACUGGAUUGAUCAGUACAAUUCCUCUGCUGAUGUCUGCUCUCAUGCGUAUUGGCGAGGGAACUGUAAGAAGGCCUCACUAGGGCUACAGUGUGAGAUUGGGCUGCGCUGCAGGAUGUACUAUGUCCUCUGUGGCUCUGUCCUCAGUGUGUGGACCAAAGUGGAAGGUGUCCUGGCCCCAGUCAGUGGAUCCAACGUGAAGAUGCAGAUUGUACGUUUAAGAACAGAGGAUGGGCAGAGGAUAGUGGGUCUGAUCAUUCCAGCCAAUUGCGUGUCUUCCCUGGUCAAUAUCCUGUCAUCAUCAGAUCAGUCUCAGCAGCUGGCUGUGCAGCAGCAGCAAAUGUGGCAACAACUCCAUCCGCAGAGCAUCAGCCAUACUGCCAACACAUAGUGUGACCACCUCGCACCUUACUGCGGGGCAGAUGUGGGAUCAUUAGCCAGCCAGCCUCCCCUUCCUCCGCUGGUAUGCUACGAGAAAGACGGCGCUUGUGUCGUAUUUAAAAUUUCAGGAUACAUGUCCAAAGUGGACUCAUCGCCAAAGGAGCUUGCUGGACUACUGAAUCAAAGCUCUGCACGUCAGAGCGCACGGAGUGCGACAGCGAAACGAGAGUUGUGAAAACCAUCGCCUGUGCUUUCCAUUGAGAUUAUACUUGGCUCUUUGAUACUUAAGAGGGCUGAUGAGUCACCAACACUAGACACACAGUAUUUAAACAGGACAGCGCUCAGGGGUUACUCAUAAUCAAGCUUUUUUUUUUUUUUUUUUUCAUUUUGAGUCCUUUUAAACCAUUUCAAGGACUUGACGCGCCACCAAACCAAGCGUCUCGAUAUAGCGCUCUGAUACGGCAUGUAUUAGGCAUGACACCGCUUGUUUACCACUUAAUACAGUCCUUGAUUUGAAACGGGAAAUGGGUGUGAGUGGUAUUAACCCAACCCUGAAGACUUUUCUGGAACUCUGAUGAGUUGCAUGGAUUCUCUUUGGAUUUUGUUUAGUUGUGAGCGUUAGGUCUGAUAGGGUUGACUAUAUUUUUGCUGCUUUCCAGUGUUUCAGUUUGAGUGUUUAAUGAGGAAGCAAGUGUUGUUCUCUUGACAUUUUUGAAGUAAACUGGAAUUCCCUCUGCAGAAGUCCACGUCGAUCAACAUUUACGGUUAAUGCAUUUUCCAUUUCUUUGUUUUAAUCAUUUAGUCACACGAUUUGUGUAUUCGGGUGAAGAACAUCUGAAUAGUUCCUUCCCCCAAUUGAUCUACCGGUAAUUUUGCUGUAAAUGUUGGACUUUCACAAAUGCUUGGUCUUUGGUGUAUAGUUGCAUAUCUGAAAUGUCAUGUUUUGUGGAAAUAUUAUUAUUAUUAUUAUUAUUAUAGAUGUUGCAGCACUCUAAAGACAAUGUCUUUUUCAUCCUUGCACGAGUUGCACUACUGAUGGAUCUGUUGUACAAAUAAUCUAUGAAAAAUUUAACUGACUGCAAGAUCUCUACCUCUUGCAUAUGACCAAUAAAUCUUAUGGAUUACCUCUCUUCCAAAA